CGCGCCUGUAACGCGAUAAGUAUCGAGCGGGCGAGCGAGGCGAUAACGGGUAAACGAUAACGGGCGGACGAGUGGAAAGAAAGGGGUAUUUGGGUCCCGGUGGUUGCCAGUUGCGACGACGAGCGCGUCGCGGCCGAUUGCAGCUGCUCCGUUCGCCGCUCCAUCGCGAUCGCCGAAUAAAGUGCGUUUUGUCGUGAAAAUAAAACAAUAUACCUAUCACAACACGGACGCGGAUACGGACAGGUGCGCGCCGAUCGUGGCGAGGAGGAAGAGACUCGAGGAUGCCGCUGUUCAAGGCGCGGGCCACACCGAGACCGCCGGUAAGUCCGAUAACGCCGGAGAAGGCUGCGAACGGCGUGCAGUAUCACACUAGCAACCUGCACCAACAUCCUCAUCAUCAGGCCGGCGGCGGUGACAACGGUCAUGACAGCGGUGCGAGCGGUAACGGUAACGGUAGCAGCCGGUCGGGCAACGGCGGCGCUCCGCCUCUUCAGCGCGAGCAGACGAGAUCGCCGCCCCGGGACCCGAGGCCGUCGACGCUGGUCUUCCACUGUCAACUGGCCCACGGCAGUCCCACGGGGCUGAUAUCGGACUUCAGCAAUGUCCGCGAGCUGUACCAGAAGAUCGCCGAGCGCUACGACCUGCCCGCGGAGGAGAUUCUUUUUUGCACGCUCAACACGCACAAAGUGGACAUGACGGAACUGUUGGGCGGACAAAUUGGCGUGGGUGACUUCAUAUUCGCACAUAAGAAAGGUCGGCCGAAAGAAAUCGAGCUGGUGAAAACGGAUGACGCGUUGGGCCUGACGAUCACCGACAACGGCGCCGGUUACGCUUUCAUAAAGCGCAUAAAGGAGGGUUCCGUGAUCGACAGGAUAAAGGUGAUCGAGGUCGGCGAUCACAUCGAGAGGAUUGACUCGACCAGCCUGGUCGGCAGGCGGCACUUCGAGGUGGCGAAGAUGCUGAAGGACAUACCGAAGGGCUCGAGGUUCACGCUGAGGCUGGUGGAGCCGCAGAAGAACGGCUUCGGCAGCAUCGGACCGCGCGGUGAUCUGAAGAAGGGAAAGAAGGCCGGCUACGGGUCCGGCAAGGAGACCCUGAGAUUCAAGGCCGACGGUAGCGCGCAAAUCGUAGAGCAGAUUGAUGAUGCCGCUGUGAUAGGCGUGGAGAAGAUUAAUACUAUCUUGGAGAGUUUCAUGGGAAUCUCCGAUACAGAGUUGGCCACGCAAAUCUGGGAGCUUGCCGAUGGCAAAUGCAACAGUAUAGACUUCGCCGAGGCGAUAGACAACUCCGACUUGGAGGACUUUGGCUUCACCGACGAGUUCGUGAUCGAAUUGUGGGGCGCCGUGACGGAUGCCAGAGCGGGCCGCCAUCGAUGACGUGAUGAUCAUCAGCACUGCGAACGCUGAGUGGCGGAGUGAUUAUAGACGAAAUUAUCUGUGAACGGACAACGAAGUGUACUAGCUUUUCUAUAAUCGAAGAAAACGACGUUCGUUCAUUAUCGUGUUACCGUGAUCCAGAGGCCUACUCGUGGACGCCGCGUUUAGCUCCAGUCGUGAUUUCUCUUUUCUUUGAAUCUUUUUAUUGUAAAAAUUAAAUAAUUUGGUUUGCGAAUGCUCUUUAAAAUUUCAAAUGCGGAAUAAUCGAGGGCUCGGCGUAUCCGGUCCUAAAUGCGCGGCGAAGAUGUAGGCUGAAAUCUACAAUAUUCCGUAUCGUAUCGUACAUAUAUUGUGUCAUAUGGCAAGAGCAUAUAGGCUCAAAUUGAAGGAAAAGAGGACAAGGAAAGGAAUCUUUUACAGAUUGCGCAGAAAAUUGAUAAUGAAGCUUUUCUGGCCUUCACGGCGAAAAGAGAGAAUUUCAAUAUUAUUUGUAAGGUAUUAUCCUAUAGGAUUAUAUUAAAAAAAGUAUUAUUAAGUUGUGCGCUGCAAAAUUUUUGUCUCUUUUCUUUUGCAUUAAAGCACCGAUCUCGAUUUUCUUGUAAUCGCGAAACGAUCCUGUUUAUUCAAAUCGAUAUCGACCUGUGCGAAAAGCACGCGGAAAACAAAUAUCUGUUAGUGCGGCGAUUAGUAUUGAUUAUUCAAACGAUAGAGUAAACAUGUUGAUUGGCGUUAUCAAGCGACGUCAUCGCGUUGGUAUCGUUAUCGAUGAUAUUAUUCCAACACUCGAGCCGUAUUAGUAUUCAUUAAUAUAAUAAUCGACUCAGGCAACUGUUUAAAAGACCUCUCAAAUAAGACACACGUCUCUUUGGUGAAAUAUCUCAAAGAUUUAUAAUCUGGCAUUCUGGUAUUUAAUGUUCUCCAGGGAGCAUUCGGAAGAUAUAUAUAUAACAGUAUGGAUUAAUAUAUUUUAAUACACAUAUAUAAGUUUACGCGAGAUAUGAGUAUAAGCGAGAAAAACAUUAUUAUAUUCAGUCCCGAGAAUAAUAAAGUCUUUGUAACAAACGAA